GGCUGGUUAGCAGUCGAAAUACAAGAAACGUGCAAACUGCUAGCAACACCCGGGUUUUGUGGGAUUAACAGUCUGCAGUGUAGUGUUUGUGAUUCCAUCAAUUAAACAAACGCUUUUUUAUGUUUCUACCUCAUUCCAUGGGAGACUUGUUCAACGAGUCUAAGCAUAAUUUAGCCGCAGUUUUCGUAAAUUAAUCCCGGCUGAAAAGAUCCAGUUGGUUCGUAAAGAAAAAAGGCUAACCGUGAAACAAUCAAUCUAAUUAAAGGUUUCACAUGGUAGACAACGGGUCGCCUUAAUUAAAUUAGGCAGUGUUCCUCUUUACGCGUCUUUAUUAUGUAAUUACGAUCCAGCAGCAUCGAUACGGGCCAAACGAUAUGAUAAGACUAGAGCACAGUUAAAAAAAAGAAAAGAGUAAACAACAGCGUCUGUGACACCAUGUUACCAAGAAUUUGUGUAAAAUUUAAGCUCAAGUACAUCUUUGCUGCAGUCUGCAGUCUCUAUUUGCUGCAGUUCUUCGGUGCCUUUACACAUUUCUUUGAGAAAGAUUUCGAAUCAACAUUCGACUACCCGUUAAACGGAGACAUUCUUUCCGAUGUGUAUCAGCUGCGGCAUGGCCAGCAACCAGCGCGACAACCGAUCAACCGCUACAAUUACUCCUACAUCACCGACUGCGAUCACAAGUGUAAAGAAGAUGAGCGUCUUAUCGCCCCACGGUUGGUGUUUAUCGUGAAAUCUGCCAUGGAUAACUUCGAUCGGCGGUCUGCGAUUCGCAAAACCUGGGGCUACGAGCGACGCUUUUCGGAUGUGAAAAUAAGGACCGUAUUUAUGCUGGGCCGCUCGCGGACCGUUCCAAACCGGCGGUUGCAGUCGCUGGUGGAUCUCGAGUACAGCACCUAUCGGGACAUCAUUCAGGCCGACUUCGUUGACGAUUACUUUAACAACACGAUCAAAACGAUGAUGGGCUUCCGGUGGGCCGUGACGUACUGUCCGCGUGCAAAGUUCUACAUGUUCGUCGAUGACGACUUUUACGUGUCGGCCAAAAACCUUCUCCGGUACGUGCGCAAUCCGGUCAACUAUCCCGAGUACUUGGAGGAAACGGACGAAGCGCUGAGAAAACUGGCACGCCGGUUGGCCCAUACGACGGACAAUAAUAAUAGUAGUAGCAGCAACCAUUCGGAUACUGCUGACUCGUCGCUUCGAGUGUUGCAUCGUGGUAAAAGACAGUUAAUGACCGACAUGGAACUUCCGCCAAAUGUGAAAUUGUUUUCUGGGUUUGUGUUCCGCUCCGCGCCACAUCGUCAUCGGAGCAGCAAGUGGUAUGUUUCGCUCGAGGAGUACCCGUGGGAUAUGUGGCCAACGUACGUGACGGCUGGGGCAUUUCUGCUUUCCCACGAGGCUCUGUUUGAAAUGUACUACGUCAGCAUGUACACGAAACAUUUUCGGUUUGACGAUAUUUUCUUGGGAAUUGUUGCCAUGAAAGCUGGAAUUGAGCCACUGCAUUCGGAGGAAUUUUACUUCCACAAGGCUCCCUAUCUUGGCCCGCAAAGCUACAAGUACGUGUUGGCCACGCACGGGUACGACGAACCGGCCGAACUGAAUAAAGUAUGGACCGAAAUACGAGCUUCCGGGUACGCGUAAGAUUACCAACGAAUGAAAUCGUAGAUUCGCUCUCUUUUGCUGAACUCUUAAUUAAAUGCUAACGAGAGUAGUUUAGAAAGUUUUCCGACUCAUACGUUCAUUGUAGGGAAAUCGUUAUCAGGUACGUUCGACGAUUAGGCUAGUGGUUUUUCACAUUUUAAACGUCCCCACCUUACGAGAAAAGGGUCCAAGGUAGUAACAUAACGGUAGACUAGAGGGCCACCCUUUUUUCCUCCCACAAAUAUUACGAUACUAGUCUCGACGUAGCGAGGUGGCCACAGGAGCUGGAAAACGCGGAA